AUGAGCGCUGACUGUUCUGUUAAUGCUAACCCUUUAGCACAACUUAAUAAGCGAGCCCAACAAGAUAAAAGUUUACAGCAUGGAUCAAAUUUUAAUUUACAACAGAAGAAUGCAUCUUCUCAUUUCAAAUCAGUAUCUCCGAAACUUACUGAGUCAAAAAAGCUGCAACUAGACCAAUUUUUGGGUGGAGCUCAAAAUGAUAAUAAGUUUGUUGGUCCGUUUAUUAAUAACGGUAUAAGUGGUGGUGGAUCGAUGGCAAGGUCACAAAUGGGGUACAUGACUCCAUCUCCUGCCUCCGAAAUCGGCAGCACGAAGGCUGUUAAUGGCUGGACACAGGAGUUUUCUCAACAGAGCUCUGGAACGUCAUCUCAGUUAAGUCCUGCUCUGUCUAGUGCGUCUCUUAGUUCCCAGUCGCCUGUGGGAAGAAGUAACUACAGGUCACUAGGGAUUUUGAGACCAAUGGUAAGAUCGCAUCAACAGCUGCAGGCGGCUAUUCGGGUCUCGGAGCCGCAAACAGACGACAGCAUUACUGAUGCGGUUUGGGAUGAACAGUUCCAAGAGCUUGAGAAAGAGGUACAGAAGUCUCUAAAUAUCACUGAACAGGAGAGUGAGACGACCUACAAUGCUCCAGAAGUUGAUACACAAGAGGAUUACGAAGACAAAUUUCAGCAGAUAUGGGAGGACUUGAAUGAACGUGCUGAUGAUAUGGAUACAAGAGAGGAGACAACGACAAACUGGAAUACGAGCUACCAGCAAUUAGGUGGCAAAUCUGCAAAUGCGCCAUACGAAUUCGACUCGGAUAACCAAUAUAUGGAUAAUCCCGAUGCCUACAAAAUUGGAUGCAUACUAAUGGAAAAUGGAGCAAAGUUGAGCGAAGCAGCAUUGGCCUUUGAAGCUGCAGUCCAACAGAAUCCAAAACAUACCGACGCUUGGUUAAAACUCGGUAUUGUUCAGACCCAGAACGAGAAGGAGCUCUGUGGAAUUAAUGCACUAGAAGAGUGCUUAAAGUUGGAUCCAGGUAAUCUGACAGCUAUGAUGACAAUUGCAAUCAGCUACAUUAAUGAAGGAUACGACGUUAGUGCUUUUACAAUGCUUGGUAAAUGGCUUGGGCAGAAGUACCCAGAUAUGGUAAACCAAAGCAUUGCCGAUAACCUAAACAGACAAAGUUUAAAUAGGGCAGUCACAGAAGAGUUUUUGAAGGUCGUCAAUUCCCUUCCAGAAAUCGAUCCAGAAGUCCAGUUGGGUCUGGGAAUCCUGUUUUAUGCAAAUGAUAACUUUGAAAAGACCAUUGACUGUUUCAAACUCGCCUUGGCAGUUGUGCCAAAUGAUGCAACGAUGUGGAAUAGGCUUGGUGCUUCCUUAGCUAACUCAAAUAGGCCAGAAGAAGCCAUACAAGCUUAUCACCGCGCUCUCGCUCUAAAACCAACUUUUGUAAGGGCACGCUACAACCUUGCAGUAUCUUCCAUGAAUAUAGGCUGCUACAAAGAAGCUGCUGAGUAUUUGCUAACUGCCCUUUCCAUGCACGAAGUUGAGGGCGUGUCAAUGCACUCAGCAGCAGCCAAGAAUGUGCCUUCCUCAAACAUCCUUGAAACUUUAAAGAGAACUUUCAUAGCUAUGGGUAGGCGUGAUUUAUUAGACAAGGUGGCCCCAAACAUGGAUUUACAGGAGUUCCGUCGCGAAUUUAACUUCUAA